AUGGAAACUUACUACCAAACUUCCUCUCCAUCUCCGAUACUGUUCCUGCUGGGUUCCCUCCUUCUCUUCCUAAUCAUAAAUUACAAACUCCGGCGGCCGGCCGAUGGAGCUGCAGCAGCCAAGCAGGGGAAGGCUGCAUCGCCGUCGCUGCCACCGGGUCCAUGGAAGCUCCCCCUGAUCGGGAACCUCCACCAAGUCAUCAUCUCCGGCUCCCUCCCCCAUCAUUUCUUCCGCGACGCCGCCGCCAAAUUCGGCGACAUCUUCCACCUCCGGCUUGGCCAAGUCUCUGCCGUCAUCGUCACCUCCCCUGCAGCCGCCGCACAGGUGUUCAAAGUCCACGAGCCUAGCUUGUUGACACGCCCCUUCUGCCUGGCGGUGGACGUCCUCACUCCGACGGGCCUAUUCGCCACCAACUACGGCGCCUACUGGCGGCAGAUGCGGCGGAUAUGCGCGGCGGAGCUGCUGAGCCCGAGGCGGGUGCAGUCGCUGAGCUGGGCGAGGGAGCAGACGGCGUGGGAGAUGGUGGACUCCAUCUCUUCGUCGGCUAAGAAGACCAACCCCGUCAACCUCAGCGAGAUGAUAUUCGCCGUGACGAACAAUACGACGUCGCUCGCGGCGUUCGGCAGGAAGUGCGGGGACAGCGAGGAGUUCGUCAGGUUGCUGAAGAGGGCGGUGGUUCUGAGCGGCGGGUUCGAGCUGCCGGACUUGUUCCCGACGUUGAAGUUUUUGAGGUGGAAGGGCCUGAGUUGGGCCAGGGCUGAGCUGGAGAGGAUCAAACUGAAAUUUGACAUGAUUCUUGGGGAGAUCAUUGAGGAACAUAAGAUCAAGAAGAGUAAAAAUUUUACUAAAGAGGAAGAUUUGGUUGAUGUUCUGUUGAAGAUUCAGGAGGAUGGGAACUUGGAUGUACAAAUCACUACUCGAGAUAUUAAGUCUAUCAUCUUGAUAAUGUUGAUUGUUUUGGUGAAAGUAAAAAUUUCACAGGACAUGUUAGGGGCGGGAAGCGACACGUCAUCGACGACUCUGGAGUGGGCGAUGUCGGAACUUCUAAAGAACCCCGAAGCAAUGACUAAAGCACAAUCGGAGGUUCGAGAAGCCCUUCGCUCGAAACCAACCGGUCACCGUGUCAACGAGUCAGACAUUAAAGGUCUGACUUACCUGACCCUAGUGGUCAAGGAGACGCUGAGGCUGCACCCUCCGGCGCCUCUGGUCCCCAAAGAAGCGACGGAGGAUUUUGUGAUCAACAAUGACGAGAAGGGAGAAUUCUUCAUUCCGAAAGGAGCGAAGACGGUCGUUAACGUGUGGGCGAUCGGGCGAGACGCGAGGUACUGGUUGGAGCCGGAGCGUUUCCUUCCGGAAAGGUUUUUGGAUGGUUGCGUGAACUAUACGGGAGGAAACUUCGAGUACAUUCCAUUUGGCGGUGGACGGAGGAUGUGCCCCGCGAUCCCAUUUGCGGUGGCUAACAUCGAGGUUCCAUUGGCGAUGUUGCUGUACCAUUUCGAUUGGAAGCUGGGUGAUGGGAGGAACCCUGAAGAGGUUGAUAUGAUCGAGAGCUUUGGGGCUAGUGUUAGAAGGAAGAAUGAUUUGAUAUUGCUUCCCAUCAUUCAUGAAUCAUGA